AUGUCUCUCUUCUCCGCGGCUCUACAUCCGAACGUCGGUCUGGGGUUCAUAAUACUCGGCGCAUCGCUUCACGACAUCCUAACAAGACUGAAAGCCGAGCCGCAACGCUUCCCGAAACUCGACCUCGGCUUCACCCCGAGCGAGCCCGUUACGGAGCCGGUGGUCCUCACUCUUCCCGCCAACGGUAUACGGUUGCGCUUCGACGGCCCGGAGCAGCGCCUACGACUCAUCGAGAUCAUCGACUUCACCAAGAAUCGUAUCACCUAUCAGGACAAGGAUAUUGCGAAACCAUCAAGCUCUCAGGGGGUGUUGGGUUCGCCUAGACCUGGAGGGGAGACUGCCACCGGGCCAGCUUUUAAGAAUGUCUAUCACCGGUUGUUUGGUCCUACUUACGCUGGAGAGUACAUGCCCGCCGACGAUGACAAGAGUAAUAGUGUAGGCACAUACGUAUUGUCCUACCCCGGAGUCGCCUUCAACUUUCCCUUGCCGGCAUUGGCAUACUCGCCGGACAAGGACGUUGUGUCGUUGCUGUCGUCGUCAGCAAGUCAGACCGCCAGCUCUAUGGCUAUCUUCAGCGGGAAGUCCUGGCAGCACGCACGAGAACACUUGUGGGAUGAGCUUCUGCCAAGUGUCAAUUCAGCGUUUCUCUUUAGUAAGAGCAAAGAGAUGGUCCCCGAUGAGAUAUCUCUGGUCAAAAUACACGGAGGUGGUCGAUUGCAGUUGUUCAAGAAGUGGACCAGCGCGUCCAUGUGGAUCAACCUCGGAGAGACAACACCGCAAGAUCUAGUAGCAGAACUGGGUCCUCCAGAUGCGAUAUACCGGAAGAACGACCAGAGAAUGCAUAUACACAAGACCCGGACUGCCAGCCACAGCAGGUCAAGGUCCGACGGCCGCGACUACAAACGUCCGGACGAUCUCACCGACACCGACCAAUCCUCGGCGCACACUGGGUCGGAUGAUUCGGACGACGAGGCCAUCGAGGACGAGGCCGCUAGUAACGUCUCGGGGGAGUGCUUCUACAACUAUUUCUAUUUGGGAUUUGAUGUCCUGGUAUCGCCGCCGCAAACGCCUUCGCCAACACCUCCAGGGCAGGCUAAGUUGACUGGCGAAAAUGACGGAGGAAAUCCAUUCAAGAACAGUAACGCAGACCGUCUGGUAGCGACAAAAGUGGUUCUACAUGCGAAUGUCCCUGGCUCGUAUCCUUUCAAUCGACAUCGCCGAUGCCGCUGGGAGAUUGCCUACCUCGACCAUCCUGGUUCCGAGUUUGCAGUCGACUCUGAGACUCCCUUCAAUGAGAUGGAGGAGCGCCUACGGGAAGAAUGGAAGAGCACAUAUACAUCAGAGGAUGAUGCCAAGCGGCGACAACGUGGAAUGGUCCUCAACCGAGGGUGGGGUGAUAGUCCUGGCAGCAGUUGCGAAUUCCUUGGUGGCUGGGAGGAUAGCACUGGCGGUAUGGCCGCGAAGAAGUUCGACGGGAACGAAGACUCCACUACUACAUUGUAUGGAUUCCCUGGCUUAGUGUUCGAGGUCUUGAAGAACGGCUUUGUCAGCGCGGUUACAGUGUUUUGA